GCGCCAUGCGCCCCCCGGGCCGCGCCGCCUCCCCGCCGCCGCUGCUCGGCCUCCUCCUCCUGCUGCUGCUGCUGCAGCUGCCCGCGCCGUCGGGCGCCUCCGAGACCCCCAAGGGGAAGCAGAAGGCCCUAAUCAGGCAGAGGGAGGUGGUGGACCUGUAUAAUGGCAUGUGUUUACAAGGGCCGGCUGGGGUGCCUGGUCGAGAUGGGAGCCCUGGGGCCAAUGGCAUUCCCGGUACCCCUGGGAUCCCAGGUCGGGAUGGAUUCAAAGGAGAAAAGGGAGAAUGCUUGAGGGAAACCUUUGAGGAGUCCUGGACCCCAAACUAUAAGCAGUGCUCAUGGAAUUCACUGAAUUACGGCAUAGAUCUUGGGAAAAUUGCGGAGUGUACGUUCACGAAGAUGCGUUCUAACAGUGCUCUCCGAGUUUUGUUCAGUGGCUCCCUUCGCCUAAAAUGCAGAAAUGCAUGCUGUCAGCGCUGGUAUUUCACGUUCAAUGGAGCUGAAUGUUCAGGGCCUCUUCCCAUUGAAGCCAUUAUUUAUUUGGACCAAGGUAGCCCUGAAUUGAAUUCAACAAUUAAUAUUCAUCGGACUUCUUCUGUGGAAGGCCUCUGUGAAGGCAUUGGUGCUGGAUUGGUGGAUGUUGCUAUCUGGGUUGGGACUUGCUCAGAUUACCCAAAAGGAGAUGCUUCUACCGGAUGGAAUUCAGUGUCUCGCAUCAUUAUUGAAGAACUACCAAAGUAGAUCCUUUAACUUUUCAUUCCCUACCUCUUUUUAUCAUACCUUUGAAUAGUUUUUAAAUUAAAUUUUAAAAAUCAUUUCAUGUGUACAUCAAAUGAAAAAGAAAACAAAGCCAAACAUGUUUACAGACUGAAGUGUGAUUUCACACUUUUAAAAUACAGUAUUAUGCAUUUUACUCCAAUUGAAAAUAGCUUCAGGAUUUUUUUUUUAGUUGAUUAGAAUACUUUUUCAUAUUUGCAUUCCCUGAACCUGUAUCUUGGAAUAUGAUUGUGGUCUUUAGUUUUUCUUAUUUUCUUAGUAUAGCAUUUUUAAAAACAUAAGUUUCUAUUCUUUGUACACGUUGUAAAUGCUUAGGAUUGUUUUAUACCAUAUCUGUUAAAUAAAACUUAUUUCAAAUUUUAAUAUUGUUAAA